AUGGGCGCUCCUCCUCCACCCCCCGCUCGUUCCUCCUCCUCCUCCUCCUCCUCCUCCUCCCCCCCUCUGAGCCUUAGCUUCCUUGUUCUGUCUCUCCUUCUGGCUCCUCAUCCUGCCGAUGGGUUCAGUCCUCUCCUCCAUGCUGGCGGCAUUGCAUCCCUGCACCCGCGCCAUCCCGUUCGCUGCUCGGGGAUCUGCAGCCCUGCGUUUUCCUUUGCAGCAUCUCAGCCUGCAAGAAGAGUUUGCUCUCUGCUCAUGUCACAAGGUUCAACAGAGACUGCUGUCACGGACUUGGAUCAAGGAGGAAAGGAGGCAGCCGAGAGCAAGAAAGGAGACUCUCCAGCUCCGCUCAAAGUGUCGCAAGUCAAUGGAGCGUUUGAGGCGUUUGCCAGCAGUCUGCUGCGGCUCAAGGGCCGUGUGAGGUUCGCUACCAUCAGCAGAGUCUUCAGAGAGGAGUUCCCCUCCUUCGCCUCCGAGGACGUCCUGCCCAACGUGACACUCGGGCGGAGCAUCCAGGCCUGGUACGAGACCAAGACGGGGAAGCCGUUGAAGAAGAGCAGGAGCGGCUCGUAUAUCGGCAUGUCGCUCAUCAACCCGCACUACACUGAGUCGGACUUGACGCCCCUCCGCACCGUCCAGGCGCUCUACGACAAAGAGAUGGACAAGUCUUUUGCCAAGCUGGGACUGAACGUCGUUCGCUCAUCCGCUAAGAGUGGUGGGCAGGCGGUGAAGGCGAAGCAGGAGAGGAGCGAAGGGAAGGCCAGGAAGGGUAAGAUGUUGAAGGGAAAGGAUGCAGGGAUGAGCGCAGGGAAGUCGAAGAGGUCUGCAGCACCUCAGGACGACAGGAAGGAAGUGAAGGAGAUCCUGACGUACUGCGUUGAAGCGUUUGCCAACUGUCGGUUGACCGACCAAGGCAACGUCACGUUCCGGGAGCUCUACUCGGAGUUCAUUAAGAAUUUUCCCUUCGCCGAGAAGGAGCCAAGUUUUUCUGAACCACACUUCGGUCGGAUCCUGGCGAAGUGGUACAAGGCGAAAUUUCGCAACGACCUGACAAGAAUCGAGUUGCUUGAUGAAGACAAACGUCAGCUCAAGAGAAGCAUGUUUCCUUUCGCCAACCUGGGAUUCAACGCGGAGCCGGUUGACCCAACCUUGAUGAACGAGGCUAAAGUAGCUCUCCGUCGAGUCAUGAAGAUGGAGGGGGUUGGGAUCAUGGUCAAGAAGAAUAGCUUCAGGGAGUAUGAAGUGGCAACGAUCAUACCUGGAUCUCCCGCGAGCAUCGAGGGGAAUGUCGAGAAAGGAGACAUCCUGCUGGCUGUCGGAGGCAACGCUGUGGUCGACAUGACGCCCCAGGAGCUGGCAGACGCCGUGCUCGGCCCAAGAGGCUCCAAAGUUAGUAUGACCCUCAAGAGAGCGGCAGUGCAGCAGACCUCGUCUGGGGGGCAGGUGCUCGAGCGCGUCUACACCGUCGAGCUUGUGAGGUCCGACAGGAAGGUUGAAGGAUCUAAGAUGACAGAGCUCGAGAUCGCCGAGAGAUACAGAGACAAGGAGGUUCUAGGACCUCCUAAGCGCUGCCUACCAUUCUCCCGCUGGUUCCUCGCACCUGGAGGGCUUGCACAAGGCCUGCAGAGCCUCGAAGACAACUCCAGGCGAGGCUCGGCGCAACAGGCUCGUGACGGUGAGGAGACGUCGUGA